GCCUUACUGUCCAUCGACUUCACAGAAGGGGGGGGUAUUGAGCCAUUUCCCUCCCUCACACACACACACACACAUCUUCUCUGGUAAUGAAGCCCACGGGGUUUCUCCGGCAGGGACUCCCAGAAGCGAGGCCGUCAGCUGGGCCCUCCCCCGCGGCCUCCUCUUCAUGAGGAUUUUAAUUAUUUUGCCGCUCCUUGCCCUCGGCGUGAUCCCGAACCCGACAGCGAUGGCGCCGAAACUCCUUUUUCUGGACGAGGCGGGGGGCGGCCUGCAUGGGGCCCACCCACCUCCCCUUCACCCAACUGCCGAACGCGAACGGGGGGGAUCUGCGCAGGGCUUCGGGCCGACCCCCACGCGGGUGGGGCUCUUCGACUUCAAGUGUACGGGCAUAAUAUCCCAAGGGCUUAACAAAGUAGCCUAUUGUAAUACCUAUCAAAAAUAUCUCCUCUGCGAUGGUUGGAGUUCGAUUUAUUAUAAUGAAAUCGCGAAGGUGUUUAGGAUGACGGUGUAAAUAACAGCAGACGCCGUGUACGGGCAGAGUGCACGUUUUGCCGAGACAAAAGUAAAGAAGAAAAGCACGGUGGAGGACCUCUUCGAGAUAUGCAGCGAUCGUUUUUUUACUUGAUGCCAUUGUUAGAAAUACUCAUACUAACGAUCCGCAAUCGUACCAAAUCACCAAACGAAAAUUGGCUCGUUAUUUUCACUGGUGAUGGCGACAAUUCUGAUAAGGAAGCCCCCUUGCUGAUGGUAGCCUACUCGAAAGGUCAAAUCAUCCAGUUUCGUGACUUUAAAGUUGGCUCACAGACUACGGAUUGACAUCAGACUAUCCUCAGCUGGUUUGAGCUUAAUAGUACGAACGAUCUAUUCAAUGUAAUCAGAAUUUGUACAAACAGCAUUAGGACCGACAACUGCAAAAAGUGAAAAUGUUUGUAGCAUUGGUAUUGAAGUUAAAUCGUAAAGCCAUAUACCUUUCUGGAUCUUAUACUGAGCUCGAUCGUUCUGUAGAAAAGGGAAGCUCUGCCACAUCCCUUUUCAACCUUACUUUCUUAUCGGGAUAGUAAGACGUGAAGAAGGAAUGUUGGUAGUAAUUAAGAAAAAAAUAACACACAACUAUUUCGAUACAAAAAUAUCGCUUUGUUAUUACUGCUAAAAAUAUGGAGUAUUUAAAAAAAAAAGAGUGAUAAAAUGAAUAGUUCUUCUUUUUUUUUGAUAUUUAUGGAAUGCGCUUUUUUUUUCUCCUUUCCUUUGGUAAUAGAUAGCCACUAAAAAAUAAUGAAACAACCCUAAAAUACAAUAACAAACGUCGUAUUAUUUGUAUCCACAUUGAUUUUUUAAAUAGGGUAUUUUGAUAUUUAAUAAAAAUAGAUAUGCGUCGUGGGGUUGGUGUCUCGCAUGUUCAACAACAGCAACAAACGCAGCAGCGGAUGACCGAGCUCGGCGCGCAGAUCACCGCCGAGCGGGUCGCCAACAUCGCGGACCAGCUCGACGACCUCGAGGGUAAUCUCCGCCAGCUGAUGAAAAAACAUGAAAAAGAAAUCCGAAACGACCCCAUUGUCCGCGCACGAUUCCGCCAGAUCGCGGACUCCAUCGGGGUGGAUCUCAUCUCCUCCAGCCAAAAUAUCUUCUCUGGGGCCUUGGGGCUCGGGAAUUUCUACUACGACCUCGCCAGGAGGUUGGUGGAGGCCUGCAUGGCGGAGCAAAAGUUCUGCGGCUCGUACGUCCCCCUGCAGAAGGCCCUCCACGCCGUUCAGCGCGUUUAUGACCGUCAGGCCAAUUUUUCCCAAACGGACGCCAAAUCGUCCAAUGGAAACGAUCGCUUGACCAUCUCCGAGGAGGAUGUAGUGAUGGCGUUAAAAAAGCUUCAUUGCCUUGGGGCGGGGUAUAAUAUUAUUACAUUAUCCGGCGUGAAAUAUGUCCAAACAACGCCCGAUGGCGUCUGUGGGGACGACAUUGUGUCGUUAUUAAACUUUGUACUCGAUCAGCAAAAGGCACAGAAAAUGAUGAGUAAAAAGGCAAAUUCUAUCGGCGCUACUUCGUCGCCUUCAUUGAGUAAAGGAACCAAAGGAGCUGAAAAGGGCUCGAAUCUCGAUUCCAGAGCACCCCCCUUGUCGGGUUCUUCGCCGUUAGGUGCCGCGUACGUGCUGGGCACACAUCCUCUUUCGACCAAUACCGACCCAACUGAACAGGAUGAAGGUAUUCCACGUCUUAGGGAGUGCGUUUUUUUAACAUUAGAGCAGGUUUCGGGGGGAUUACAGUGGCCUCCCCAUCGCGCGUAUGCUGCUCUUGAGAGAAGUGUGCAGGAUGGCUCUGUCUGGGUAGAUUAUCCUGAUGAAAAGGAUAUGGCCAAUCAUGGAAUUCAUUCCAUGAAAGCAUCAUCUCAACCCACAAAAAAAAUGAAAGAAAAAAAGAAUCGGUUCAAUUUUUACACGACAAAGCAGUGUAUUGGUUUGUAUCUUUGA